GCUCUCAAGGUUAUAAUGAGUGACAUGCAAGUAAAAAUAACAGACCGCCACGCUGGAUGUCAUUUCAGACACAAAAAUAACCCUAUGACCGGAAAUCGACGUAGACUUCCGUUUGGACGCGCCCGUCUGAAACGUGAUUGGUCAGUGGAAGAAUGGUCACUUGAAGUCACAUGUCUAAAUAGUCACUUCCCGUUUUCAAGAAGGUAACUUCAAGAAUGACUUUCAGUUAACCCAGCGAAUCGUAAGGAAAUAAUGGCGUUUUUUACGAGCUGUAUGACCCAACUAUCAGCCGUGUUCCUAUUAUCCAUCUACACCUUCCUCACGAAUGCAGGCACACCAGCUUCCAGUGGAGGUUGUUCCACACCGGCAGUUGGCAUGGCAAGAGGCAGCAUUCCUGACAGGGAUAUCACGGCAUCAUCAGCAAUGGAUUCUGACUCAUCUGCUUCUAAUGCAAGAUUAGGAAACACAAAAGCAUGGAUUCCCAGGUCAGAUGAUAAACAUCCAUGGAUACAAGUGAAUCUACAGUAUAGGAGAAAUAUGACUGCUAUUGUUACACAAGGCUUCAAUGGUUCUUUUGUUAAGUCGUAUUAUGUGAGUUAUGGUGAUGAUGGAAGUAACUGGAUGAACUAUACUGUUCAAGGAAAAUUAAAGAUAUGGAAAGGCAAUGGUGGUGAUAGCCCUAACAAAACAGAGGUUUUCAGUCCUUUGGUUGUGGCACAGUACAUAAGGUUGCAUCCUACAAACUGUUCUAACCAGUGUGCACUCAGAUUGGAACUUUAUGGCUGCAAUAUCACUGCAGGUAAAAGACAGGAUGUAUGUACAUGUACAUGUAAUAUUCCAUGUACACAUGUAUGUGUACUACUGGGUGUUUCUUGUGUUAAGUUAGAAUGNAUCGUUUGGCCGGGGCUUUAUACAUCGAGUACGAAGAAAUGUAGUGAUAUUUUAUGCCUGUUCUUUUGA